UGUAGGUUCCAUUGCAGCGCAUCACGAUGGAACCUGUUUACAGUUCCGAUGAGAAACAGUGUUUAUUGCACAUGGUUCCCCACAUGCAUAGAAUUUUCAGCCCAGUCGACUCUGUCCUUAUUUUCUUUAAACAGAUUUUAACGUUACGAUUAAGGUAAUUUUUGUUCCUGUAAGGCUAAUCUUUCGUUAUGUUCUCUAAGAUAUUGCUCUCUGAAGUUUCCCUUACCAGGAUGGCCACCGGGUCUGUCCUUCCGUUUCCUUGUAACAAUGCGAGACGAGUAAAGGCUGUUCAUUUAGGCUGAUCCAGGACCAGCCUUUCACACCCACAUCGCGACCUUAGCCGUUACUGAACUGAUAUCAGAGCAGCGUAAAGGCGGAGCUUCCACAGCGUAAGCGAGCUCGUUACGAAACGCACACGUUUCCGAACGAGUUACAUAUACAGUAUCACUGUCCAGUACCUCACAGAAACACUAGGACUCAGAGGUGAUCAAGAUGCUGUCGGCUACAAUUGCGAGAAAGUUGGUUGCCAGUGUUUGCCGUGCAUCUUUGCGGCCAGCGGCUGUGGGUACUGUGACAACACGUGGCUACCGUGGUGAUGCACCAGAGCCACAGAUGAUUGAGAUUCCCCUUCCACCAUGGCAGGAAAAAACAAAUGAGCCUAUUGAUAUUAAGAGGCGACGACUGCUUUAUGAGAGCCGCAAGAGAGGCAUGCUGGAGAACUGUAUCCUGCUCAGCCUUUUUGCCAAACAGUACCUGAACACGAUGACAGAGGUCCAACUGCAGCAGUAUGAUCGAUUGAUCAAUGAGCCCAGCAAUGACUGGGAUAUCUACUACUGGGCAACAGAGACACAGCCAACACCUGAUGUGUACAAGGGGGAGGUAAUGGACAUGCUGAAGGAGUUCACCAAGAACAGGGAGCAUGAGCAGCGACUUGACGCACCUAACUUGGAGUACCUUGACAAGAGCAGCCAAUGAAGGCCAUAUUAGCCCUUCAGUCUGGAACUGUUAAGCAUUUGGCUAAUCAUUUGCACCAAACUCAUAUGUCUAAAGCUUGACUGUACAUAGAGCAGGGCUCAUAAGCCCCUCUGUCCUAUUUUAAAACCCUUAUAUACUGUGUCGCACCCUCCUCUCGCGGAUGGACACUUGUGGUGUAGAAAGACCAUAUGUUAAUUUAAAGAUCAUUUUGCUUGUGGUUUUUAAUUAAAUUCUUCUAUCUGUCUCUUUUUUGCCAUAAAAAUGUUUUUAAAAAAAUGGUUGAAAGCAAUGUGGGGAGACACCUAUAAGGCCAUUGUGUGCUCAUGGGAAUCUCUUGCUUGUAUGUGUAAAUGCCACUGAUUUGUGCUGCAGAGUUAUACAGUCAUUGGUAGACAUCAUACACAUAUUAGAUGUUUUCACCAGGGGGGUAUUCCAGAAAGCAGGUUUAGUGAAAACUAAGAGGUAGUUAACUCAGAGUAAGUAAACCUCCUAAUAGAAGAGCCCUAUGUCCUCAGUCUCCUGGCAAAACAAAGCCACAGGGCUCUUCUAUUAGAAGGAUUACUACUUGGUCUGAGUUAACAAACUCAGACUUUUCACUAAACCUGCUUUCUGGAAUACCCCCCAGGACUUGUUCCCGAACCUCUAAUCUUGUUUUUGAAGGCAAAUAGUGCUGUGUUUUGCACCUGUCGCUAAAAUCCUGUUGAAGAUAUUUCACCCUGUCAGUUAUUUUACAUGAGCAGUCGUUAGGGAGAGGAGAACACCACUGGAAAGGGAAGAGGCCCUCCACCUCAGACAGCCUGAGAACUGAACACAUGACCAGGAGCCAAAGGGCGCACAUUCAAAACCUCCUUUUCUUGUUAGUAGGUACAGUGAUAUGUUAGAUAAGUAUAUGCAGCCACACAGAGCAUAGUGAAUGUGCAUCGUGCAUAGUCUAGCAAGGCACAAUAUUUGUGUAUAAAUUCAUAAAAUGGGUGCUGUUAUGCAACAUACAUAAAAUACAAAAUGCACAGUCAUGGGUACUGUUCAAUGUGUAUAUAUACAUCCUCUAAUGGGGACCUUGUGUAAUAACUGUAAAUGCUGUUAAGUGUUCUCUCAGCAGGGGCAUUGUAAUAAUAAAGAUUGUGAUGUGUAA